AUGGCGUCCACAAUGCUGCUUAACACUUUGGUGGCACUCACCGCACUCUCAUCGGCCUCUGCCGCGCCAAAGCCAGUCCCAAAUGCCGACGCACUCUAUCCACAAGGCUACAAGCUACACACGAAGCGCGCCACCACCAAGUUCACGGACGAGAAUGGACUCUUUUCGUCCGCUCUGCUACAAGAAGACAUGGACAGGGUGGCCAAGAAGUACUCUCGGGCGAACGAGCGAUACGUGAUCAACUUGGCGAGCAGUACGCCCACUAAGCGAUCUGCCGAGCCCGCGCGCGAGAGGCUGGCCAAGCGCGCCAGUUCAGCUCAGGAGCCGCUGUCGGACUACGUAUCCGGCGGACUCGAUACACAGUAUUUUGGUACAGUAGCGAUCGGCACACCAGCCCAAGACUUUCAGAUCGACUUUGACACUGGGUCUGCCGAUCUAUGGGUGCCAUCGAGCCAGAGCGCAUCAUCGCACACUAAAUUUGUGUCCACCGCUUCGUCCACGUACAAGAAUCUCAACACGCCUUGGGAGAUCCAAUACGGCACUGGCGCCACUGAGGGCUUCCUUGCCACGGAUGACGUCGCUGUCGCUGGCUUGACAGUCACCAACCAAGUCUGGGCACUCGCCAAUACGACCGCGAGUAUAUUCGAAAAGACCCCAGCUGAUGGCAUCAUGGGAAUGGGCUUCUCGACGAUCGCGCAAUCUGGCGCGCCUACAUACUUUGAGAAUCUCAUGUCGCAGAAUGUCGUCUCGGAACCUUACUUUGCCUUCUUCCUCGGUCGAGCCUCGGAUGUCAGCUCGAGCGCCGCCACCAGGUCAGGCACAGUCAACAAUGUUGGCGAGCUAUGUCUCGGCUGCACGGACUCGUCACGCUACACUGGCAGCUUUACCUAUGCGCCUGUACAGAUCAAAGGCUAUUGGGAAGUCCUUUGCGAUGGCAUCGCAGUAAAUGGCAAUCUUGUCUCAGACACACGAGCAGCGGCUGCCAUUGACACCGGCACUACUAUCGCCUAUUUCCCCACCGAGAUUGUCGAUGCUGUCUUCUCGAGUUCGUCCUUGCAGGCUCAGAGCCUUGGCCAGGGUCAGUACGCUAUCCCCUGCACAAGCUCAGCCACCUUUGGCAUCAGCUUUGGCGGCACCGUCUUCGAGAUCAACAGCGCAGAUGUCAACCUCGGUAUUGUCGACUCAUCCGGCCAGUAUUGCGCAAUCGGCAUCAUCGGCCAAGAUCAGACCGACCAGGAAGGCAACGCGCUCGCCAUCGUUGGCGAUCUCGUGCUGAAGAGUGUCUACACUGUCUAUGACUACUCCAACGGCGGACGGGUAGGCUUUGCAAACGCGGUGUCACUUGGAUCUGGAAGUACGAGCACUCGGGCAGUAGCCUCUAAUCAAGCUUCGAGCGUUGUUGAGACGACGUUGCCUGGUGCUACAGGUGCCACCUCAUCAAGUACGUCAAUCUCUUCGCCCAUCGUUCCUAUCAUCACUUCCUCCAGCAUCAUCGCAAGUCCUUCUCUGCUUAAUACGUCUACUUCGUCCAUCAUGACAAGUACGACCUCGAGCACGAGUACCUCUACGAGCACAACGAGCACGAGCAUGCUCUUCAGGAUCAAGCACUGGCGCUACUGGCGCAGCUACACGCAUGAGCAUUUCUGCCGGUCUCAUCGGCACGGCGACCCUCAUCGGCGCAUCAAUGCUCUUUUUGGCCAAUUGAUCGGCCGCACAGAUCACCGCACGACAGCCCAACCACAGCAAGAAGCACAGAGCUGGCUUCUGCUUAUAGGGAUAGCCAUCGAUGAACGAUCCAAUCACGCACUUACUCGCCCAUGCGCGAACAGCAAGAACAAAAGCAGGCAGACUGCCAUUGGACGUUGUUAG